GCAACUUGUUUACACUGCAAUGUCAGCGUUUCUCGUGGUAGUAAGGCAGUUUCAUCGAAGGGCUUCACGACUUCUAACAUGUGGACACACGUGAAGCGUUAUCAUGAACAGGAGUUGAAAAACGACACCCCAUCUACCUCGAAUACUGAGGCCGGUCCGCCGAACAAAAAACAAGCUACUAUGGAACAAAUUCUGGACAAAAAUGUUAUGUAUGAUACUGAUGACCCCAGAGCAAAAGCGAUCACGCAAACGAUAGCUGAACAAAUAUGUGUAGACAUGGAGCCGUUCGAUAUAGUAAAUAAACAGGGGUUUCAACGCACCAUUAAGCAGUUGAGCCCGAAAUACAAAAUGGUUUCCCGUCCGUAUAUCUCUGAAAAUGUGAUACCAGACAUUUACUGUCGCGUGAAAAUAACAAUAAAAGAACUUUUGAAAGAACUUCCGCAUAUAAUUGGUACGACUGACUUAUGGACUAGCGACGCUUCUUCAAUCGUGAACGACUUUAUAAGUCUGACUGCUCAUGGAGUGAAUAACAAUUUUGAGCUAAAGAACUACUGCCUAGCAGUAUUUCCUUUUGAAGGCGAAAGACAUAGCGGUGAAAACAUAGCUGAAAACUUACGUGAGUUAUUUAAAAAUUGGGGUAUCGACGAACAGGUAUAUUUGAUAGCUGUAGUAACGGAUAAUGCACCGAAUAUGGGACUUGCUGUAACACAAGUGGGUGUGAAACGUAUCAGAUGUAUGGCACACUCUUUACAAUUAGUGCUGAAGGAUGCGUUUUCAGGAGAAGAGAAAAUAAAUGAAAUGAUUACAAAAGCGAGGUCCAUAAUUGGUCACUUCAUUCAUUCUACGUCAGGUCGUAAAAUCCUUACUGAAAUGCAGAAAUCUCAUAAUAUUCCUUGUCAUGUGCUCAUCCAGGAUGUCAGCACUCGCUGGGAUUCUACCCUUCACGCGCUUAGGAGACUUCUUGAGCAGCGAGUGGCAGUUCAAGCAUCUUUACCCCAUGUGAAAUGUAGAACUGAAUUGGUUACAGAAGAGUGGAUACUAAUGGAACAGGUUGUCUCGGUCUUGUCUUAUUUUGAAGAAGCUACAAAGUCCAUUAGUCAAGAGUCUUCUUGCUUGUCUGACGCCAUACCGCUGAUCAACAGUUUGCGAAAAGUCUUAGAACGUAUCAAGAACACCUCGGCCAUGGAUGAUAAUGCUCAUAGCCCUGAAUAUAAUGCUUUUGUACUGAAUUUGAUAGCUGGGAUCAAUGAUAGAUUUGAUUGUUUAGAGAAUGAUGAAACAUUUAUUUUAGCAACAGCACUAGAUCCGCGCUAUAAAUUGCGUACCUUCACUCUGAAAUCUACUAUCAUGAAUGCGAGAAGAAAGCUAAUUUCAUUAAUUACAAAUGAUACAUACAGAGAGAGUCCUAAUUCUGCAGAUGCGCCGCGACAAAAUCAAAAUGAGAUGUUCUCGCCUCUCGGUUAUCUGGUCUGCUUGUCACAGUUUUAUAAAAGAAGCAGAAGACGACGAGCCUUUAUUAAACAUGUCUAUUCAGCCUGA